AGGUACGACAUCAUGACGAGAGACGAAGGCUCUUUUACGGAGCAGAAGCUAGCGCUCCCCUUUCUUUAUCCGGUCACAUAAGCACGAGUCUUAAGCACCUGUCGGCAUUAGGAACAUUAUGCGAGAGAAAAUAAAGAUGCGACGCUUACUCUUUGCCUCGUUUCCGGCAUGUGCGUUCGCUGAGCUCGCGAACAGCCACCGCGCACAAGAAGUGGACUCGUCUGGUGAGGCAAUAGAUGCGAGCAAAGAUAUUCCGGCCGUGGAUUUGGGUGAAGAGCAGAGCCGGGGGGGGGGGCGAACCGCGCGGCCAUAUCGGCGAAGUUCGCCGCCACGCGACCGACAGGCGGAGGCGGAAGAUGUUCGACAACCCUUUUUUAGAACCAAUUAGCUGGUCUUCGGAGAGUGAUGAUGUAGAAGCAGACUCUCAAGGAAGAAGUGGUUGGCGUCAGCUCCACGCUGCUGGCGGCGUGGACGACUUGCUAGUGUACGGCAAUGCAAGCAUGCGCACCAACUCGACCCUCACGAGUUGGGAUAUGGACAACUCGUUUCUGGAGAAUUCGAAGAUGGUAAGCUUGAAGGAGAAAGCGAACAAACAGGAGGCCGAAUCGCCGGCGAUGAGUGAAGUCAAAGACAAUCAUUCCGCCGGAAGUGAGGCAAGCAGUGGGGGCUUCGAGGCUCAAGGCAUCAGCAGCUCGUCAGCCCUCACCAUGGACAUUGUCGAAAUAGUGACGCCCAUUCUGCAACAUCUCGGCAGGAAAAGCCGAAAGGCCCAUUUUUUCGAGAUUUUGGGCGCCAGCAUGCUGGUGCCAGUGCCAGACCAGGACGGGAGCGGGGCUACCCCUUCUCCCAUCACUCUACAGGUCCUCGCUCAGGCAUUGGGUGAACAAAAAGUUGAGAGACUGGUUACAUAUGUCAAACUUACUAAAUUAUACAUUCAGACGCUGGCAAAAGAGAGCUUGGCGGGAGAAGACUCUGAUACUGACACUUCGGAGAACGCGCCGAAUUUUAUUAUCCGAAACGCGUUCAGUGGCAGCGAAGUGGAAGUGAGUACGAAUGUGGUUUCGCCGUUCAGCACGAUUGAAGACCUGAAGUUUUUUUCACUCGUGCGCUCCGGUGUUGCUGUGGCUUUUAUCUCCGGCGCGACGGGUGAACUACUGGCGGACGCCGAUCGUCUGACGCCUCACAUGACCACAGGCGCUAUUGUGAGCAUAAAUGUGCCAAAAGAUUUGACGAGUCUGGUUUCCGCGGCGCAUAUGUUUUUCACUGUGAUGACCAGCGACAAUUUUCACUUUGGGACUCCGACCACCCUGACCAAGUCGAUAUGGAAAGACGCGAACUUGCUACGAAUAGGUAGCAGCAUAAUCGCCUGUUUCCGGAGGGCAGCGCAAGCGGAGAGUACAUUGUCACUGCUAAGACCAUAAAUGAGAAAGAUCUUGAAAAUUCACUCUGUGCCUCUUGUAUCUCAUCAAUAGUACAUGUGCGAUUACUUAUGAGUAUUAGACUCAUGCCAUGCCGUGCCCGUGUCUGACACUGAAACUGAAACAGGUACCACUAUCGCUGGAGAUUGUGGCAGAUUGGUUCUUGCAGAUGGCAUGACAAUCACAGGGACGAUGGUGAGCUGGGUGAUGCGAGAUAGACUGACACCCUUAUGGGAAAGCAUUUGGGGCAGUCCCGUGGGGCCGCAAUGUCGCUGCACGAAUAGCCUUGAGGUCAGCGUUCGGCAGGAAAGGGACGCCAUCCAGAAUGCAGCCACGCAGUUUUUCGACACGCGGCAGUCGAGCUCGGGCUUGAGGAGCAAGUUCUUCCUGUGGGGGUUCGAACUUGCAGAUUCCAGCAAAGGAAAUUGCGUGCUUAUAGCUCGCCUUGACAUUGACGGGAGUUCCAAUGUGGUGAGGUGGCAUUUUUUCGAUUUGCGCGAUUUUCGAAAAUCGAAGAAGUAGUAAACUUGAAGGUGAUGUUGAUGAAGAUCCAGAUGAAUAGACCGUUCCGGAAGCCAAUGCUUCCAGCGCGUCUUCAGCAACUGACACUUGCACACGUCGACGAUUAGAGCCUCGCAGGAAAUAGUACAACGACUCUGGGGCGAGCCCCGCAGCAGAGGAUCGAUUGGAUAUCAGAGGCAGGGGCUUUGCUGGUAACUGAAAAGAAUGGGCCAUACUUUUGUCAUGAAUGAAAUUAAAAUGUGGGAUGAGGUCACCUAUCACAACGAAAAAACCACAUGAUGGAUUUUUGGACUUGUUGACGUGAAGAAUUUCGUACGGAACGGAAUACACCGAUUACAACA